CAAUUCAAAGACCCAGUUCAGUGACUCAACAAGUUCAACGCUACCUUCAAGAUGCAGUUCUUCAAGCAGAUUCUUCUCUUUACCAGCGCCGUCUCUGCGGUUAGCAUUGCUCUUUACGAGUCCGCCGGCCAAUGCACUGGCAACAACGUGGUCUGCAGCAAUGUAAAUGCCGACACCUGCUGCUUCGUCAACAGCGGCAAUGCUCGAGGUGCCAUUUACUUUACGAAUCUGCCUAACCCUGCCCUCGUUCGCACAUACGGCCGAGGUGAAGGAUGUGCCAACCAGAUUCGCUCGGAUCGCACCACCUCGCUGAACUGGUGUGUUUUCAACCUGGCCAAUUCGAUUACCGGCGGUCGUUGGGCUUUUACCUCGAAGAGACGCGCCAUAGGAGAACAGAAGAACUCUGACUGCGUGCGCCCGGAUACCGGCUACGUUCAGGGACGUCAGUUCAACCUGACAGGCCUGGAUGACAAGGCUUUCGAAGACUUUUUGGUCUAUAUGAAGAGUGUUGAGCCUGCUGUUCCAGAGCAAUUCUUGAACGUCGAGGUCGUUAGUAGCGAGGGAAGCGCUAAGGCAAUUGAGUAGUUUCCCCGGAGGUCUUGCUGUAUGUACUUUUUCGGGAGUACAGUGGGACGGUUCAUCACUGGGAUCCGAAAGAAUGAUUGUCGGAUGCCCGGCCGAUUCAUCUGACGGAGCAGAUUGCAUUGUGCAGACGUUGUUUCUUCUCCUCAAAAUUGGCCUGGACGUUUUAGUUCUCGAGGCUAGAUAGCGCUGUCUUGCCUCGCUGGAUAUUCUGUCUUUAUUGUUUAGUUCAGCUACAGCGAUGUAAUGUUGUUGGUCGAAGAUGAGUCCUCUAU